GCAGAGAGCAGGUCUGUACCGGAUUAUUUGUGGAGAGCUUAUUGCACACCAUCGAAAGAAAACAAUACAAUCACUAUGGUUAACUGGACAGCAACUGAACGCAAGACCAUUAACAGCUUAUGGGCCAAAGUACAUAUUGAGGAGGUUGGCACCCAAGCUUUAGUCAGGCUUUUAGUUGUGUACCCUUGGACCCAAAGGUAUUUUAGUACUUUUGGCAACCUCUCCAAUCCCGCAGCCAUUGCUGGAAACGCCAAAGUCCAGGAGCACGGCAAGACAGUGCUCACAGCUGUCGGUGAAGCUAUCAAGCACAUGGACGACGUGAAGUCAACUUUUGCCAAGCUGAGCAAGUUGCACUCUGAGAAACUCCACGUGGACCCCGAUAACUUCAAGCAUUUGGGCGAUUGCCUGUCCAUUGUUCUGGCUGCCACUUUCGGCCAUGCCUACACUCCGGAUGUCCAGGCUACAUGGCAGAAGUUGAUUGCUGUCAUCGUCUCCGCCCUGAGCAGUCAGUACCACUAAACAAAUGAUGUCACUGUGGUCCAGUAUCCACCGUGUGGCCACGGGAAAAACAUCAGGAGAUGUGCAAAAUGUAUCAUGUGCAAAAUCUAAUGACGUUUCUCAUUGUUGUAAACUAACAUUCAGUAGCUUUGAAUGACAUAAAUAAAAUAUUUAACUCAA